AUGACUACUGUUCAAACUUCUUUCCCUCUAGAUAAUAACACUAGACCAUUCAAAUGUCCCCUGUGUCAAAGAGGGUUCCACAGAUUGGAACAUAAGAAGAGACACGUGAGAACACAUACUGGCGAAAAGCCUUACAAAUGUAGUUUCCCGGAUUGUCCAAAAAGCUUCAGCAGGACUGAUGAGCUAAAGAGACAUUCAAAGAUACAUGGUAACUUUUUGAGCACCGCCACUAUCAAACGCUUGGAGAAAAAACGCUCUACGGCACCUAAGCAGGUGACGAGGAAAGCUGGGCGGCCUACCAACAUGCGCGGCACACCAAAGAGUGUAAAGCCAAAGAGUGAGACAGAUGCCAAAUCUACCUCUUCUCCCGGAAAGUGUACCAAUAAUAAUGCCAAGACAGAACCAGCUGAACUGCGAAAGACGGCUGUUACGAUACCAAUAAUACAAAGACGGUCGUCGAGUCAUUUGCCAGCUGUCUCGCAUAUAUAUAACUGGAAGAGUUCAGUGACGGGAGGACCCACACCUGUACUGGGUGCCACCAGUUACCAAAAAUCGAAUAUGCCCAACAAUAGCAUGCUUACACCCCCAUCGCGUGUUGCCAGUGCGGUAAGUAUCGACCGCAUCAAUAACCAGUGGAGCGGUUCUUCAUCGCCCGUUUCCGACGGCGCAACAUCCAAUAGCGACUCGAUGUCAGCCAGAACUUUACCAAGUAUAAGCACCGUGAAUUCUUCGCGGCAUUCAUCGACUGCUUCUUCUCCACUCUUUCCAAAGGCCGCGCUGAAGAGUGUCUCAGCGUCUAGUAGUGUCACAUCGAUGUCUACGCUCCUAUAUAACGGCAACGGCGAUUCGCUAGCCACCCCGUCUCUUCUGUACAAGACGAACGGGAAGGUUGCAUUCCAUUCGACCCCAAAGGAUGAGAGUUCAGAUGUACCAAGAAAGCAGGUGUCACUGCCAUCGAUGGAAGCCAUGCUGCAGCAAAUUGAGGCGUAUGAUCGCUCCGCUGAAAUCUCCAUAUAA